AUGAGUCGAUACCCUGGCGAAAAUGCAGCGCAGCACAGCUACCACAGCUCGGCUUGGGACCCAUCGCCGUACGGCAACACGGAACACGAUCGAGUCGAGUACAUGAUCUCACCUGCCGGAGCCUCCAAUCUUCACCCUGCGAGUAACGACACCACCACAGACGCCCAUCGAGCUGUCCUCCCUGCUAGCCACAUGGGUGUCGAUUCUCCCUCUAUGUAUACCGAUCCCUUCGAAGCCUUCAGCACUGCGCCGCCGCCGCACCCCACCGUAACCGCCGCCGCACGUCACUCAUACCUCCAGCACGAUCCUUACUACUCCGAAGAUCGAGCGCUCGCGGGUCCAUCUAUCCUUGACAGAGCAGACACACUAGCACCCCACGACAGCAUCAGCUGCGUUGGCAUUAGCAAAAACACCGAUCCUGAUCACGCCCCUGCUUACUCGGACGCGGGAGCGGACCGCAACUCCCGAGCGCACUACUUGCAGCAGAAGUCAGCGCCCUAUUCUAGCCACUACGAUGAUCCGAGCCCUUACUACAACGAGCAUUCGAUGGACCGUGGCUACGACCACGCUCGAUACGACACCAGCACCACCGCGCUGCCGCUCAAGCACCACGCCGGACCCAUGGGCUAUGCAGAGGACGAGCAUGAUGAAGCACAGCAGCUCAAACGCGGAGAUGAAGCACUCUGGUCGAAUCAGAUGGAUCAGUCUUAUCCGCCAGCUGGAGACGAAGAAGCCAAAGGCGGGCUCUUCGCCAAAUUCUCCCGGUCUUCCAACCGCCAUCUGUCCGACGAAGACAAGCUGCGCGACCAGAUCGAACGACGUCGCCAGGGCAUCGGCCGACAAAACUGGCCAUACGUCACAUAUAUCGUCGCCGUCGCGCUCGUCAUCGUCUUCGUCAUCGAGCUUGUCAAAGCGGCCUCUGAAACGGGGCAAGCGGUCCAAACGCGCCCUUCCAUCAGCCCGAUGCUCGGUCCCUCUGCGGAAUUCCUCAUCUCGUUCGGCGCGCGGUUCGUGCCCUGCAUGCGCAACGUCCCUGCUCUGCCCACCUCGGAACAGCUCCCCUGCCUGCGCGAUUCAACCUCUGCCUCGAACCUCUUUACGCCCUCGCAGCUGUGUCCCAUAUCGCAGAUCUGCGGGCUGAAAGACGCCUCGAAUCCGAACCAGAGUUAUCGCUUUGUCAGUGCGAUCUUCGUCCACGCUGGAUUCGUGCAUAUCUUCUUCAACCUGCUCGUGCAGCUGACGCUGUGUGCGCAGAUCGAGAAGCUGAUCGGUUCGGUGGCGUAUACGAUCGUCUAUUUUGCCGGUGGAAUAGGUGGCAAUCUCUUGGGGGGCAACUUCGGGUUGAUCGGUCAACCAGCAUUGGGGGCGAGCGGGGCGAUCUACACGUGCAUCUCCAUCGAGUUGGUGGAUCUAUGUUACAACUGGCGCUACGAGUACCGGGCGAAGAUGCGACUGGCCACCUCCGUCGUCUUUGCGAUCGUAGGUUUAGCAUUGGGCUUGUUGCCCGGGUUGGACAACUUUGCCCAUAUCGGCGGGUUCUGUGUGGGUCUUUUGGGCGGCUUGGUGUUCGCACCUGCCAUUCAUGCGACGAAGAGGCAUAGGGUGAUAACGUGGGUGCUGAGGAUCGUUGCGCUGGGGUUGGCGGUAGGCUUCUUUGCCGGGUUGGCAAGCAACUUUUACAACUCGCCAGAUCCAACCAAGGCAUGCACGUGGUGCAGGUACCUCAGCUGCUUGCCCGUGUUUAGCAGCUGCAAGGGCAACGGGCUCACCGUCAGCAGUGGCGGUAGCACCACUUGA